UGAGAUGAUAGGACUUACAUAAAAGGUGUUUCGCAAUAAAGUGCUCUUCGGUUGUAUUAAUUCAGAUGUGACAAUUUGUCUCUUGUAAAAAAUCUCCUGAUAACAGUAAAAACAUGUUACAUUUACCAAAAUCCACAGUUACAUGUCCCACAAGGAUCCCUUAUAGAGCCAUUUUUAUUUUAAUCUAUUUUUGGAAGGGGGAUUUCGUUUGUACAUAACCUCAAUUUUGUGUACCAUUGCAAAUAAACAUGUUCAAAUUUAAACAAUUGUUUCCCAAUAAAUGUUCAGUUAUUGCCAUGGUCCACGCAGGAGCAUUUCCGGGCACUCCUUUAUACCGCGGGUCUGUACAAAGUAUUGUAGACAAAGCGUGUAUGGAAGCUGAAACAUAUAUAAAACACCAAGUGGAUGGAAUUAUUGUAGAAAAUAUGAAUGAUCUACCAUACAUCCAGUCUAAACACUUUGGACCAGAAACCGUUGCAACCAUGACGAAGAUAUGUGAAAGGAUUUUAGCUGGAGGAAAUAGGGAAGCCUUGGCCGUUGCCAAGGUGUGCAAUUUUAAUUUUAUUCGAACCGAGGGUUUUGUUUUUGGCCAUAUUGCCGACGAGGGGAUGAUGGAUGCAGAUGCUGGCUUACUUUUGAGAUAUCGUAAAGGGAUCGAUGCCGAGAGUGUCUCCAUCUUUACAGAUAUUAAAAAAAAGCACAGCUCCCAUGCUAUAACAAGCGACUUGUCGUUAGUUGAAACUGCACAUGCAGCUGAGUUUUUCUGUUCUGAUGGCAUUAUACUAACAGGAAUAGCGACAGGAAGUCCAGCUAGCACUGAAGAGCUUCUGGAUUUAAAGACACACUGUAAUUUGCCUGUGAUUAUUGGAUCUGGUGUAACAGAUUGUAAUGUUGCUAACUAUUCAAGGGCAGAUGCACUAAUAGUUGGAUCUUAUUUUAAAGAUAAUGGAAAUUGGAUGGAAAAUGUUAGUCCAGAGCGAGUGGGAAGGCUUAUGAAGGUUGUCAAUGUUUUUCGUACUGCAAACAGGUUAUAAACUAAGAGAUCAGUUGUGUUGUUUAAUUUCAAAAGAACUCUUUUUUACAUUUUGUGAUUUAAUAAUAAUAAUAAUAUAUUUACCAAUGAUUUCAUUUAUUUACCAAAGCCAAAUUAAUAAAAGUAAAUCGCAGUUGGUUUUCAACUAGACAUUUACUGGCAUGGUGAGACGGUCAGGACUCGAGGAAAUGAUUCUCUGUGACCCAGAUUCUCGCUUACCACCCUUACUACUUCCACAGGUACCACAGUUUUCAAGAACACCCCUUGUGGGGUGUGGGGGUGGAAGAAAGAUCUGUGGAGUUAGGUUUUUAAUUUAAAAAAAAAGAAAUGAUCAUUGCAAAUGCUUUGCGAUUAUUUGUUGUGUACCCCCCCUUCGUUUGGGAACAGUUACCUUGCUGAAACUGGUUUUAAAUUAAAGCCUUGAAACUAUUAAAAGUAAAGAUGACCCAAGAAAAUUCAAGCUUCUACACUUUUAUUGGU